UUAAUCUUCUCCAGAGGAAGUGGAGAGGACGCGGAUCCGAUCUCAUUUUAUGAUAUGAUUUCAAUUUAAGAGCUUUUCUCUUCCCCUCCCCACACGCCAGUAUCCGUUCUGAUCUGGGUAAUGGGGCUAGUUAACCUGCCGCCGUCACGACGCGGCGGCGGUGGUUUGUCCCGGCCAUGGACGCUGCUGGAUCUCAUCUCCUUCUCUCUAUUCGCUGCCGUCUUCAUUUUCUUCCUUCUCGUAUUCACAUCUCUUGGUGACCCACUCGCCGCCGCUGGCCGCCGAGCCCUUGCCCACUCAUCCUCCUCAGACCCGCGCCAGCGCCAGCGGAUCCUUGCUGUCUUCGAUGCCCCUGUCAACUUUCUUGCCAGGCAGCAACUUGGUGAGUCGGUGGAACCGGUGUUGCAAGCUUGCUCGGCGGAGGAAGUGGACCACAUGCCAUGCGAGGAUCCCAGGCGGAGUAGUCAGCUCAGUAGGAAGAUGAACUUCUACCGUGAGCGGCACUGCCCACCGCCAGGAGAGGCGCCGCUUUGUCUCAUCCCGCCACCUGAUGGCUACCGAUUCCCAGUGCCGUGGCCGGAGAGCCUUCACAAGAUUUGGCAUGACAAUAUGCCUUAUGAUAAACUUGCUGAGAGAAAAGGACAUCAAGGCUGGAUGAAGGAAGAAGGGCCAUACUUCAUAUUCCCCGGAGGUGGCACCAUGUUUCCUGAUGGAGCUGUACAGUAUAUUGGGAAGCUUGGACAAUUUAUUCCUAUCAAAAACGGUCUUUUGAGGACAGCGUUGGAUCUGGGUUGUGGGGUUGCUAGCUUCGGUGGUUUCCUUCUAAAAGAGAAUAUUAUUACACUUUCUUUUGCUCCAAGAGAUUCUCACAAAUCUCAAAUACAAUUUGCACUAGAAAGAGGAAUACCAGCUUUUGUGGCUAUGCUAGGCACUCGCCGCCUUCCAUUUCCUGCAUUCUCGUUCGAUUUGAUCCAUUGCUCUCGGUGUUUGAUCCCCUUCAUUGCUUACAAUGGAACUUAUUUUACUGAAGUGGACCGUCUACUUCGACCUGGAGGAUAUCUGGUUAUAUCUGGCCCUCCUGUGCAAUGGCCUAAUCAGGAUAAAGAGUGGUCUGAUCUCCAAUCUGUGGCACACGCUUUAUGUUAUGAACUUCUUACUGUGGAUAAUAACACAGUCAUCUGGAAGAAGCCUACUGAAUCAUCUUGUCUUCCUAACCAAAAUGAAUUUGGGCUUGAUCUAUGCAGUGAGAAUGACGACCCUAAUGAAGCAUGGUACUUUAACCUGAAGAAUUGUGUCAGUAGAAUUGCUAUUGAGGGAGAAACAAGCUUGGGGUCGAUUCCAAAAUGGCCAGAAAGGAUAUCAACACCACCUAGCAGGCUCUCACUUAUCAAGAAUGGUAAUGAUAUAUUUGAAGCUGACACAAGGCGCUGGGCUAGAAGAGUUGACUAUUACAAGAAAACUCUGGGUUUAAAGCUAGGGAAUCCAGAGAUACGCAAUGUUAUGGACAUGAAUGCUUUAUUUGGAGGAUUUGCAGCAGCGCUGUUGUCUGAUCCUGUAUGGGUUAUGAAUGUUGUUCCUGCUAGAAAGCCAUUAACUUUGGGAAUUAUUUAUGACAGAGGCCUCAUUGGAGUCUAUCAUGAUUGGUGUGAAGCUUUCUCGACCUAUCCCCGAACUUAUGAUCUAAUCCAUGUUGUGGGAAUCACUUCCUUAAUAAGAGAUCCAACUUCUGGCAAUAGCAGAUGCCACCUUCUUGAUCUCAUGGUCGAAAUGGAUCGGAUUUUACGUCCCGAGGGAAAAGCUGUGAUGAGAGACUCAUCUGAGUCCAUUGAAAAGGUGGCACGGAUCGCCCGAGCCAUCCGGUGGACCGUCGAAGUUCAUGGCGGCGAACCAGAAUCACACAGUGGAGAGAAAAUCCUUGUGGCAACCAAGACUUUCUGGAAAUUGCCUUCAUCUUCACACUAAUACCUGCAUUCUUCUUUGUUAUUACUUCCCCUUAGAUGAUGGAUUUCAUACAGUAAAGAAAAAAGGAAGAGAUAAAAUGGCAUCCCUCUAUUGUAGACUUGGCAAUCAUACAGCCUGAAGUGCAAGUGAGCCACAGUGGUAGGAGGCAUAGGAUCUGUUUAGCUGGAGAAAUUAUUAUGUGCGGAGAUCUGACGCAGAACGCGUCCGGAGACCAAUCAAAAUAUUCCACAUCAGCAGUACCGAGCCUCGGUAUCGAGCGAAUGAGUGACAUGGCGCAUUCUGAUUGGUCUCCGGACGAUGUUCGACCCCCGCGCAUAAUAAUUACACGUUUAGCUGUGAUUGAUCUCUGGAUUACGCUAUAGCGUUACUAAAAAUGCAUCCUUUGUAUUUAUAUAUUCUUUUUGUUAUUAGUACUAAGUGAUUUCAUAUUCAAUUUUCUUUCUAAUUAUGAAGAGGAUAAGAUGUAACGCCCAUCA